UAUCCGUGCUUGGCUUCGCCGAAAGGAAGCAUAUAAAUAUAGCCAAUGUUCGAGCAAGAUAGCGUGACUAUAAAACCAGUGACAUUGAUACUUUCUUUAUCGUAAACAGUUGUUUGGUUAAAGUGAAAGUUACUGCAUAUACUCGAAGAAAGCGCAUCUGCAGUUUGGUAGCGUCAUUUAGAUCCACCAACCGCCAACUCAGCUCAAGCCAGCACAGCCUUACCUAUCAACCGACGCCUCAAUCGCUGGUAGCCGACUCUACUCGCUUUUCCCAACAAACAAUAUUCUUCCCCUCACGAUAUUCCUGCACAGAAACAUUGUUUCAUUCUUUUCCAAUUCCAAUUACCACAAAAAUGGCUGCCCCUGCUGAAAAGACCAUCACUGACCUCAGUGGUAAAUGGGUUCUCAACAAGUCACUCUCUGAUAGCUCAGAGCCCAUCCUCGCCCUCCAGGGCAUCGGCUACCUUACUCGCAAGGGCAUUGGAAUGGCUACAAUUACACUUGAUGUCAACCAAUACAGUGCCCCUCCUAAAGAGCCAAACACCUCUACUGACGUCUUCACUCACAUCGACAUCACUCAGUCUGCCUCUGGCUUGACAAGCACCCAGGAGAACCGAUGUCUCGACUUUGAGCAGCGUGAACACUCUGACUGGCUAUUCGGUUCUGUCAAGGGCCGUUCCCGAUUCGUCACUCUCGAUCAGGUCGAGGACGACUUUCUCAAGCAGGGCUGGCUCGUCGAGGCCGACGGCAAGUUCGUCCAGAGCAUCGCGGAGAGCGUUGAUAAUGGUUGGGUCGCCAACCAGAUCUGGGGUUUCGAGGAGAUCAAGGGCGAGAGGAGAUAUGUCAGGCACGUCCUGGUGACCAAAGGUUCCCAGAGGGUUACGGCCAAGCUCAUCUACGACUACCAGGCUUAGAUCGGACAGAUUCGUGGUACUCCUAACAUUGAUAGACGAUUAAUGACUUGAAUACUGGUUUCUACCUCGAUGCCCUACGGGUCAGCUUCCUCAAUAAAUGAAUAGAUACUUGAUCAAUCAAGCCAACCAGAUUUG